AGUUACAUAAGUUCACGAAAUAUGAAUAACAGUUAAAUGUAAAGUUCGCGAUGGCUGAAGGUGUGAGUUCUUUAGAAAUUUGGCCUUCCAAUAUCUCUGGAGCCCCAUAUGGAUUGUGUUUGGUGGCAGUAUCUGCCGUUGUGUUUUAUUUGUCGAGUAAAGUUGCAGCAUUUACUCGUCCAAAAAUCGCGGAUAAGCAGAAAUGGCGAUGGAAAAAUAUCUCCGUGUCGCUCUUGCAUGCAGCGAUAACCGGUAUUUGGUCAAUUUUAUGCUUUGUUGAUGAGCCAAAAAUGAUGGAAGACUUGAUAAAUGUUCACACAUUGCAGGGACAUACACUCAUUUCAAUAUCAGUUGGUUACUUCAUAUACGACAUCGUGGACAUGCUGGUCUACCAGAGAAAUAGACAGACAUUGGAGCUUCUUUUGCAUCAUUUUGUGAUUGUGGUCUGUUUUGGGAUUGCCAUAUUGACAAAGUUGUAUGUUGGUUAUGCGGUGCUAGCUCUCAGUGUUGAACUGAACAGUAUUUUUCUACAUAUUCGCCAGCUAAUGCAGUGUUGUUCAUAUUCAAAAACGAACAGCAUUUAUAGACUUAACAGCCUUAUAAAUUUAGGAACAUUCCUUGGAUUUCGUAUCCUGACGCUGGCAUGGAUGACGCGGUGGAUUGUCAUCAACAAGGACCUCGUGCCACUGCCUUUCUACGCGCUGGCUAGUCUCGGUCUCGCCACGAUGACUGUCAUGAAUAUAAUUCUAUUUUAUCGCCUCCUGCAGAGUGAUUUUUUACGCAAAGAGAAGUCUGUGAAAAAGGAUGAUUGAAACAAUUUAUUCCAAAUGUUCAGUGAAUAUUUUAUGUGAUAGCUAUUAUACACAAAGUCAUAUUCCUCAAUGUCUCCUAAAAUGAGUGGUAUAAACUAUAAAGUUGCAUACAUGACUUGCACAAUGUACAUGUAUGAUGCAUAUCUGUGUUUGUUAUAUUUGAUCCUGUUCUACAUGAUGUACAAUUAAUUCAUUAGUAGGAUAUGUUGUUUAUGAGUUAAUUUUAUUGUAUAUGUAUUGCUGUAAUAUUAUGCUGCCUUUUUUGUUGAUAAUUUAGAAAUGUAGAGUUUUUACUUAUAUAAUGCCAAUUAUCAAGUAUUUCCGAAAAUUAGUUUUGUAUGGCUGAAGUAGACUAUAAUGCUUUUUAUAGUAAAAAUUGAAUACCACCAAAUAGUGUAUUUUCUACUAGUAAAAAUGAACAGUUGGACAUUGGAAUAAAUUAAAGUGAUUUUUAAUUAGCAUUUAAGUCAACAAAAAUCUGAAGUUUAUCAAGGAAUUGUUUGUUCUACAAUAAAUAUUGUAUAAAUAACUCAUUCUUAGAUGCUACUACCUAUGACUUUGUUAAUUUUUAUUCAUUGUCAAAUUCAGCAGUUAACAUGUAAUUGCUGUUUGUAUCUAAUUGUACCAUUUCGCAAACAUUUUCACAAAUUUAAGGUAUCUUGGUAUGAAAUUAUUCACUAUUUUUAUUCAUCUUUAAGAUUCUUUAAUGAUAGGCUAUUAGCACUGCUGGAGUCUCGUGAACAGCCUGAUUUCAGUACUCUAGUCAGUUCAGCCAUAAGUAUUGAACAGGUCUCUUCAGGUGUCCGUAUGGGUCUGAAAUUGUGAUUUUGUUUUAUAUAAUCAUAUCCAAAAACAAAAUUCUCACCAUUACUGGUUCAUACUGAUACCUAUGUUUUUUUAAAUGAUGUAUACAAUUUUUUUCUACUUUUCUUGGUAAAAGAAGUGAUUAGGAUUUUUAUUGUAAUUAUCGUAUGCUUUUAUGUCUAUAUUUAUUGACUUAAAUACAAACAUUCGAUUGAGUUGUGCAAUUGCUAAAGGAUUGUACUAUUUUCUUAUAAUUAAGAAAGGGUUGUACUGAAAAUGGAACUAUUUUCACCAAUCGUGGUGCUGUCAUGGUAACUGUGACUGAGCAAACAAGUCUGGGUUUGAAAAUGCAGGUAUUUAGUUAGUGGCAUUCUACAGCAUUCCUACUAAUUGAAAGUUUUCCUUUUUUCCUAGUUUUUGUAAAAAUUUAUUUUUCCAUCUUUUUUGUCAAAAAUGCUGAUUUAUAGAUCAGUUUUUAUGCUUUCUUGUUAUUUUUUUAACAUUUUUAUCUUAUAAGUCCAAAGCAGCGCAUAUGGCCUAAUGGCUAUAGACUAUUUGACAUCCUGAUAUUAAUGAGAGGACCUAACUUCCAUAAAAACAUCUACUGCCUUUAUAGUUUUAUAUUAAUAAGAGGACCUAAGUUUCAAAACAACUACUGCCUUAUUAUAAUGAGUUGGCCUAAUUUAGUUUCAAAACAACAACUGCCUUUAUAGUUUUAUAUGAAUGAGCACGCAUUGGUUUCAAAAAAACUUCUGCCUCAACAGAUUUAUGUAAGUUCAUUGUUUCAUUAUAAUGUAAUAUUGAAGAGUUUUUUUCUUUAAUCAUUGUAAUCUCUCAUAUUGCUAGAAGCAAUCAUAAAAUACCAAAUAUUGUUUAUAUUCUGUAGGCUUUGUGCAAAAUGGCUAUAACUCGAUAGCGAAAGAGAAGGCGUUACAGCAGUCUUGUACUUAGACCUUCAUUUUUAUGUUCAGCUUUUCAACCCCCCUAUUAACCCCACCUUUUUCGGUUGUUAAAAUAAACUUUUCAUGCACUUGUAUAAUUAAAGGAUAUUUUUACCAGGUGCUUUUAUGUAUAAAUCAUAUGUAAUUGCUUCCAGUCCAAAUGAUAUUGCCUUAGCAGCUUUUUAAAUAUAUAUUAAUAUAAACAAAAUGCCAAGAAAUCAACAUAUUUUGUCCGAUGUAUUUCAAUUUUUUAUAAGAAUGUUUAUAUGUCAUCAAACAUUUUUUUAAUUAAUAGGUUAUUAUGUUUAGAAUUUUUUAAAAUCCAAGUGUUAUUGGCGUUUAAAUUAUAUUUAUGUUGUAUUAUUUAGAUUUUGUGUACAAAUUAUAAUGAUGUUGUAUUAUAUAGAUUUGUGUACAAUGUUUAUAUGAGCCUUGCUUAGAAAAUACCUUGAUACAUAGAAGACUUUUAUACUCAGCGAUAAUGAUGUAGUUAUAUUUGUUACAUAAUUUUAAGAUGCAUAGAAGAUAGAUUUUUAUCAUUUUAAGAAUUAAUGAAAUUGAUAUGAAACACUGAGGUGAUUAUUGUUUGUUCUAGUUGGAUAUAAUAUUUAUUUCAUUGGAUGUGCACCGAAAGCGAAAUUUUGACCAGUGGUGCAGGAAAAAUGUGAUGAAAUAAAAUUGAUAUCUCACUGGAAUCAAAACUUUUUUAUAUUCAUAUUUUGCUAUGAAUUCAUUUAAAUUGAGGUUAAUUGAUAUAUAUGGAAUAGCAAAAUUUGCUCUAAAUUCUUGACAAUGUCAAGAUAUCCAGGAUGUGCCGACAUUGAUAUUUUGUCUCAGCUAUGUGCGCAAUGAUAUUUCAUUUGGACAGUAAAACGGGUUAAAAUUUUAAAAUAGUGACCGUCAUUUCCACUGUUCUAAAACAGUGAGAUAUGAAUUACAACUCACUGAUAAAUGUCCUUAUACCUCUGGAAUGCAUAUGAUAAAAUUAGAUAAAAACAUCAUAAAAAUAUGUUACAUAUUUUGCUUUUAAUUUGCAUGAUAAAUUUUUAAAACUGUUCCAACUGAUACUUUAAAUGUGCACUUGUUAUAUCCCAUUAAAAUAACUUCGGUUGAUACUAAAAAAAAUUAGAAUCUGUGAUUAUAUAUGACCUGCCUUUCGGACACAUUAUCUGGGUUGUUUGAACAGAUACAAUCAUUGUGAUAUAUAGUAAAAUGUUAGUGUGUAAGUGCUAGAAAAGAGAGUAACAGUUUUUAUGCUACCAUGUUUCUAUUGUUUUGUGAAGCAUUUCAUAUGUUUCAUUGAAGAAUUCAAGGUGUUGUUGAAAUGGCUAUUUUUUAAACAUUUAACCGGCCCUUAUAUCCUCAGAAGUUCAGAGUAUAGUUCAGUUGUAAAUUUUUAUUAGCUUGACUAUUUGAAGAAUAAGGAGAGCUAUCCUAGUCACCCGAGCGUCAGCGUCGGCCUAAUCACUUAUGUUAAAGUUUGCGUACCACCUCAAAUAUUUUCAAAGGCCAUUGACAUAUGGCUUUGAAACUUUGCACACUUGUUCACCAUCAUGCCUCCAACCUGUACACAGGAGGAGGUCACUGUAUCAAGCAUUUUGACAGAAUUAUGCCACUUUUUCGAUUUCAUUAAAGUUUGCGUACCACCUUAAAUGUUUUCCAAUUCAAUUUAUGUAAAUAUCUCAGCACACCUUGUAUUGCAUUGAAAUCUCAUCUACAGUAACAGUGAUCCAUGCAUGUUUCCGCCAAAACUUUUUAAUCCAUACACUGAAAAGCAGCGGAAUAGUCGAGCGCGCUGUCUCUGUGACAGCUCUUGUUUUUUCUUCUUCUGAAAUUUGAAUAAAAAACAGUAGAAAGUACCUUGAAAUUAAUGAAAAUGACUGUAAAAACAUUUUUAAACAGGCUUUUAUCCCCUUAACCCUACUUUGGGCGUUAAACCAUCAUAUUUAAAUAGGCACUCGGCUUUUUUCAGGACUGACAAUUAACAGGUGUAAUAACCCCUGGGGUGGGGCUUGAAAAGGAUUCAGUGAUCAUGACUUGUCAUAGUGUUGUGUAUGUCAUUUUCUUGUUUUGUAUAUUUAAGUUUGUCUCUGUGGUUUUUAAAUCUCUGGGAAAAUAUGUUUUUGUUAAAACUUAUGAUAACGCUUGGCUUAUUUCAAAAGUUACGUUCCAAAUAUCCAUGCUUUUUUUAUUGCUUCAUGUAUCCAGCAAAUAAAACCCGAAAUCCUUGGAACUUAAAGUCAUGGUUUCUAGCUCAAUCUGGCUUUUGUUGAUAUUGCCAAACAUGUUUGAACUUUAAGAUAUAUUAAAUUUUAAAACUUAUUUUAAAAACUAUGUACAUGAUUUUCUCAAAAAUAAGGCAUAAUCGUAUAUAUAAGUAUGUAUAUACUUUUCGGUCAAGAAAGAAUAUGUAAUUUUAACAUCUUUAGUGUGUUUCGCAUACUUAAAAGUCAAGAAUCCCCUACAAUAUUCUUAAAUUUUAAAAUAAUAUUGUAGACCGUUAUGAAUAAACUUGGAAUUUUUAUCUUCCCAAUUACACUGAAAAAUUCUCUAUCAUAUCUUGUGAAAUUAAAAAAAAAUGUCAUGUUAAAAGCAAUGCACAGGGUAUCUACAAAUUUGAUAACACUUGAAUAAUAAAAACAGGACAAAAUUUUGAUCAUCAAAAAUCUUGAGACUUUCAGUAUCAGAAACACAAAAUAAUAUUUUUUUAUGAUCCAAAAUGUUUGGCUUGGUAUUUCCUUGUGUUCUUGCCUUAUGUUACUUCAAGUAUGAUGUUUGUGCUACCUCAUGUUAACUGAACAAAAUAUGAGUUUAUUAUCUAUUUUUGGGUUAGCUUUACUGUUGACUUCAUAUUUUAGUUUGUGAAUGUAAUGUUAUAUUUGUAUUAUAUAUAUUUUAUGCUUUACUAUUAAAAAUGAAAUAUCCUGA